UAAUUCCAUUAUAAUAUAAAAACAAGCGCUCUGUUGCUGGACAAAAUGAACAAUGCAAACGCGGAAAUGGACGAGGACAGAACAUAUUGUUGGUUUAACAAUAUUUCUGACGACGUUUUGCUGCAUAUAUUCUUGUUGAUACCACGCAAAGAUUGGUACAAUGUGCGGAGAGUCUGUUGUCGUUUCCGAAAUGUCUGUCAUGACAAGGAGAUCUUCAGAUAUUCAGACUUCCAGUAUCAUAGAGGAGUGGGCUUGUCAGAGAAGGGUUUGCAAGAGUAUAUCAAAACAGGAUGUCAGCACAUCGAAACACUGAACCUAAACCACUGCUACUGGUUUACGUCAUCAUUUCUUCAGAACACAGUAUCGAGAUGUAAAAAAGUUCACAAUCUUUUCCUGCUUGACUGUAAGCUAACCCCUAAGGCUCUUUCAAAAAUAAUUUGCUCAAUAGAGUGCUUAAAGACCCUUGCCAUCACUGUGUCAAGUUUGUUGGAAUUCUCAAAUGAAAUAAAUGGAAAUCAGAAUGUUCAGAAUGCCUUACAACAUCUGCGACACUUUGUGUUACAUAUACGAGAGGAAAAUGGGGCAUCUGUGCCAAACAAUCUUCGUCUCAGCCAGCAAACAACUGUUAUUGAGUACAGCCCCCAUCUUGAGAGCUUCUGUAUGAUCGGAGCUCCAGGAAUGAGCAGGCAAAAGUUGUCCCGGCAUUUGAUUCAUCCAUUGAUCGUGAAGACAGGAAAUCUUUCAAAUUUGAGAACAAUGUCAAUAAACUGCACAGCAGAUGCCGCAUCUAGGUUAUACUUCUUUGGAAUUCUUGUAAAGUCUUUUGAUCAAGCCCAGAAGCAGUUUCAAAAUCUCUCCGUAUCUGGAUUAGACUUCACUCAAGCUGUGAAGAGUUCGUAUUUGAUAAGGUCAAUGAAGGAAUCUUGCCCAACAUUGGAAAGCCUCGAUAUGUCGAAAGUCUGCAUUGAAAAUUUGGAUGCUUUCUUAACUAUUGAGACACCACACUUGAAAUAUUUAAACUUGGCUGAUUUAAGGUCAGAAAGUAGAUGUUUAGGCUUGCUACAGAGUGCUAGUCAUUGUGGAAACCUGGUCUCCUUGAAUCUCAAGGGUGCUACGAACAGUCACAAACACUGGGAUAAGAAGGAGAUUAGUGCUUUAAGUGGUGUUCUUGGUAACUGCCGCCACUUGGAACAUUUGAACCUGUCUGGUGUACACAUACACGGUGAAGAUCUUGGUACCAGUCUAGUCACAGUGCUAACCAGUCACGACAUCUCAAGGUUCAAGAGCCUUGCUGUUUCCAUAUGUUGCCUGGUUAACCUGCAAGAAGAAGGCUCAAGUGAGGGAGCUGUUUUUGUCUCGAAGGUGCCAGGAAAACGUCAAAGGAUUUCAAGAGUGCCCCAAGCAGGAUCUUCACAAGUCCCGGACAAAUCUAGCUCCACUCCAGGAGAGGAUGUAGGAAUUCAACGUCUGUAUGAAGCAUGUCCAAACCUGCGCCACUUGGAAAUUAUCAAUACAGCUCAGACUGCAGUACUCAACAGCAGGCAAAAGACUUCACCUUAUCAUCCAUGUCCUGUCUCCUACCAGUUCAGAGAUGAUCAAUUCAGUCAGUUGGCCUUGUGGAGGAACUUGCGAUAUCUGCAAGUCACUGGAGCUACUAGUGUGAUGCACGGGGAUGGUCUGAAAUCGAUCGCUAAAGGCUGCAUCAAUCUAGAAAGGCUAUAUUUGGCAUACAUAGGGUCUGCAUACUGCAACAUGGCAUUCUGGGACAACCUUAGAUACUUCAAGGGCAUUCUAGAUCUAAGAUUGGAGCAGGCCACACUAGAUCUUAACGAAAGGUUGUUUGGUGCUAUUCUCAGCUGUGAACAACUACAAAGAUUGGUGCUUAUUGGAAAGUAUGGCAAUGUCGACUACAAGGCCAUAGCAAACUACGUACAAAGGGCAAACAGUCUGCAUGUGAUUCAAGUUUUUGCCGACAUCGUCAUUAAAGAAGGCGACAAACUACGAAUAAAUUUGCAGAAAAGGUUUGAGAAGAUGAGGCCAGGAUUUCAAGCAGUAAUAGAACAGAUUUACCAUGACAGAGUGACCUUGACCUUGGAAUCCAUGCCGCUUGUUCACCUUGAUGAGAUCACUGACCUUUCAUCCAGGGUCGCAUCUAGGCCCAUCGAUGAGUUCACAUGAGCAAUGGCCAAUUAGCAUAUGAAUAUGAAGGCUCAAGAGGGGUGUUGAAAAAAUGCAUGGAUGCAGCCUCUCAUUUCCUUAAAAAUGCAUGAAACCCAAUGGAUUAAUGAUAUGUAGACCAAAGUAUUGUGUAUUGAUGCAACAAAACAAAUAGGCAAAAGUCUGUUAAUAAAUUUAAGGCAGUAUUGAUGGCAACAUCACUGAAUGUAACCCUGCCCAAAUUGUCAAUUUUACUUUAUAUGUCUUUUUUCUGAAACAUGACAUGAUAUUAGUAUGUUUAUCUUGCUAAGAUUAUCAAACUCACCAUCAAUAAAGCACCAAACAUUGACAUGAUGUUCAUGACUUCAAAAGUUAUAAUUUUUAUUUAGGCAUGAUUAUUAUACCUAUUUGGCAGUCAUGGUGUUUAGUGUCUAGUCUAAAAAUGACUAUUAACCAAAUGUCAGCCAUAAAGUUUUGUGUUCCUAAUGGAAUAUCAAGAAAAGAAACACUGAGGGUUUGCUCCAGGUUGCCAUAGUAGCUCCCUUCCACUUUUCAACAGACCUUUGACUAUUUGUUAUGUUGCAUCAAUACACUUUUUGCUAAUCUACAUAGCGUUAAGUUUCAUUGCGGUUCGUUUAUGAUGGAAGAAAUGAUAGCUCUUUUUCGCAUAUUUUUAACACCCCUUGUGUCAGCCCCAAUGGCUCUCAAUGAAUUGAUUUUUAAACGGAAACAUUUUAUAUCAACACAUCUAGGUUAUAUCAAUGUUACACUCACUGUGGUUGCUAGGCUCAUAGAUGAAUUAACAUGAUCAAGUGCAAAUAUACAGCAGAUAUCCUAGGCCCGUAGGUGAAUUAACAUAAUCAAGUGCCAAUAAACCGAGGAUACUUGGCCUGUAUGUGAAUAAACAAGAUCAAGUGCCAAUCAAAGCAGAUUCUAGGCCUGUAGGUGAAUUAUCAUGAUCAAGUGCCAAUCAAAGCAGAUUCUAGGCCUGUAGGUGAAUUAUCAUGAUCAAGUGCCAAUCAAAGCAGAUUCUAGGCCUGUAGGUGAAUUAUCAUGAUCAAGUGCCAAUCAAAGCAGAUUCUAGGCCUGUAGGUGAAUUAUCAUGAUCAAGUGCCAAUCAACAGCGUAUGCUCGGCCUGUAGGUGAAUUAUCAUAAUCAAGUGCCAAUCAACAGCGAAUUUGAGGCCUGUAGGUGAAUAAACAUGAUUAAAUGCCGAUAAACAGUGGAUUAUUGGCCUGUAGGUGAAUUAACACAUGAUCAAGUGACAAUCAAAAGCGGAUUGUAGGCCUGAAGGUGAAUUACCAUAAUCAAGUGCCAAUCAACAGCAGAUUUGAGGCUUAUUGGUGAAUAAACAUGAUUAAGUGCCGAAAGACAGUGGAUUAUAGGCAUGUAGGUGAAUUAGCAUGAUCAAGUGCCAAUCAACAUCAGAUUCUAGGCCUGUAGGCAAAUAAACAUAAUCAAGUGCCAAUAAGCAUAUAUAUAAGCCCUAAGGUCUCUCAGUAAGUGAAUUAUUUAAGCCCAAACCUUGUUAUGCUUAGUAACAUCAAUGUUACAUCAAGGGUGGUGAGAAGAUUAUGUUGAUGAAUACACAGUGACAAACGGGUAUUGUCAACCUUGAUUGCUGCUAAUCCAGUGAUCUAGUAUUUGCCGAACAGGCCAAUAAGCAAAUGAAAUAAGAACAUUGAUCAACACUUCUGGCUGUGAAUAGGCAUUCUUAGAGAAAUUUGAAUUUAGGUACCCAAUGAACAAAUAUGGUUGUUGUUUUAACGAUGCUUCCAUCUACAUCAAAGGUUGCUUAUAGGUGAGCUAAGCCAUGUUUCCAUCUAUGUUAAGGGAUGCUUCUGGUGUCUUGAUGUUAUUUGUGCACAACCCUUUUUGUUUAUCUAGUUUAAUCUAGUAAUGUUAUUUUCGAGCAUUUAGCGAAUUGAAUUCAUAAUGAUUUAACCUUGUUUAAAACUGGAGACAUAUUGCUUUUAAAAACGUUGGCUUAUGGCUCAUUUCUCAUAAGUGCGAUCCAGGCUUGAGAGGGGCCCUUUUGUUUCAGAAUGUUUAUUGUGCUUUGUUGAAUUUUGUUAAUAAAUAAAUUGCUUGAAUCAUA